AUGGCGGAGAUAGAAGGUGUUUUGUGGGCUGAAGUCCAGACAGAGGAGUCUAUAAAUCGUGAAUCUCUACAUAUUGCAGAGAACCAUUUUCCACAUGGGGUUAACAAGUGUUAUAUAGAUGGAGCAUGGAAGGAACAUGAUCAUUAUACGUGGCAGGGAUGGGUCAACAGAAAAGAUGGAUCAACUGAUACUAUGAUGGGUGCAAUGUCUAUUCGCAGGAGUCUAUCACCUUUACAUGCUGAAUGUGAAGCUUUGAUAUGGGCGAUGGAGUGCAUGAAGACCCUACAAAUCUCAGAGGUGGUGUUUGCAACAGACUGUUUUCAAUUGGUGAAGAUGGUGUCUACACCGACAGAAUGGCCGGCGUUCACUACACACAUGGAGGAUUUUCUGCGAUGUAAGGAAUUCUUUCUUAACUUUACUAUCCAGCAUAUACCAAGGGCGCAAAAUACUCUGGCGGACAAGCUGACACGAGGUGCUAGGACUUCGCCAUCUGCUAUGGUUUAUGUUGACUCAGUUCCCCCGAGGUGGCUCUCGGACCAGAAAUCUUCUUAG